ACUAAGAUGGUAAAUGCAAAACCAGAAGAAGUUCACGUUCAGUCAUCAUUGUCCAGGCUCAGAAGCUCAGAACACUGGAAAUUCCCUUUGCAGGAGUUGAAAAGAAGCCUAAGAAACAAAGUCAUCUCUCUAGACCAGAAAAGUAAAAAGGUUGUUCGUAGACGCUCUGCCACUUCCAAGGAAUCAACAGAAAGGCAACUCAGAGUUAUGUUGACGAAUGUCCUAUGGACGGAUUUAGGACGAAAAUUCACAAAGACCCUACCUAGAAAUGAUGCUAAUAUAUGUGAUGGCAGCAAGGUGCACUCAGACUCAUUGCCUUCGACAUCUGUUGACAACCUAGAGACAUGUCAGAAAUUAAAAUCUCUUCACCAAAGCCUUAAGUUAUCUGAAAGGAUACCCAGAGUUAUAUUGACGAAUGUCCUGGGAACGGAGUUAGGAAGAAAAUACAUAAAGACCCUACCUGUAACUGAGGCCAGUUUGGGUGAUACAGACAACUUGCAAUCAGAGCAACUUUCUUCACCUGAUGGCAACCUAGAAUCUUGUCAAAAUCUAAAUCCUCACAAGAGCUGUUUUUUAUCUGAAAGGGUUUCACAGUCAAGUAAGACAAUAAAUAAUAAAUCUGCAAAGCAGACGCCACACACUAAAGAAAAGCAAAGAGAUGAUGUUGAUACUUCCCUUGUAAUGUCUGAUACUCAACCUAAAGACUUUAACAGUGUAAGUGAGGGUUGUGACCAUCCUGAAGAGAGGAACAGAAACAAGGAUGAUACAACUUCUGAUCCAAAAAUAGAACCAACUCUCAUUUCCAGGAAGUCAAAGAAAAAACCUCGAAAUAAUGUAUCUGAUGCUAAUAAUUCUGCUUCUGCUCUGCAUGAAUCAAGAGGACAAACAAAAGAACAAGGAAAUGACUCUACAAUACCCACUGAGUGCGAAAAGUCAAGUGAAAACUAUCACGAGGACCCAAAAGUGCUUGAAGAAAUUACGCCAGUACCUAUAGAAAGUGAUUUAAUUAAACCAUCUAUACUUAGUAAUCAUGAUUCGGCUUUGAAUACAGACUCCAAAAGCACCUCUGAUUGUGCAUCUGUAGAAACAUUGGAGAGCCCUAUUUCCAGUGAAACUGUAAGGAAUUCUUCACAAAAUGAAAAGGAUGAGAAUGAGUUGAAUACAAUCGAAAAACCUCUUCUAAGUGAAGGGAACCAAUCCUUGAUUUUAGCUGAACCAAUUGUUGUUUCCAGUGAUGAAGAAGGACCUGUUGAACAUAAAAGUCCAGAAAUUCUUAAAUUACAACCUAAGCAAGACCAUGAAAUUGGUAAUGAAAAUGAGAAUACUUCUGUAACAGGAUUAUUAGCACUACCUUUGAUGACAUCUGAAUCUGUUCAGACAUCAUCUGAAUUAUGUCCGUAUAAUAAUCCUGCCAUGGAGAACAUUUCCAGUAGUGUGCCUACUAAUGAAGUGGAUCUACAACUGGAUUUUAUAUUUACAUCUGUAUAUAUUGGUAAAAUAAAAGGAGCAUCAAAAGGUUGUGUUUCAUUCACAACAAAGUAUGUUAAGAUUCCAUUUCAAGUGUCCCUCAAUGAAGUUUCUUUACUAGUGGAUACCACACAUUUAAAGAGGUUUGGAUUAUGGAAAAGUAAGGAUGAUGACCCCAGUAAAAGGAGUCACGCUAUCCUUUUUCUUUGGGUUUCAUCAAAUUAUCUUCAGGAGAUUCAGGCCCAGUUAGAAAAUUCUGUAUUAAGCCAGCAAUCAAAAUCCAGUGAGUUCAUUUUCCUUGAACUUCACAAUCCUAUUUCACAAAGAGAAGAAUUGAAAUUAAAAGAUAUUAUGACAGAAAUAAGUAUAACCAACAGAGAAGUAGAGCUUGCUUUUCCAUUGUCUUGGACUCAGGCAUUCCCUUUGUUUCAGAACCUCUCUUCAAAAGAAAGUUCCUUUAUUCAUUAUUACUGUGCUGCAGCUUGUUCUUUUCCUGCUUCUGCUACUGAAGAAAUGAAGAUGAAAGCAGUAUCACAGUCCUCAACUAUAGAUGCAGCUAAGCCUACUUACACCUUCCUGCAGAAGCAAAGUAGUGGUUGCUAUUCACUUUCUAUUACAUCUAAUCCAGAUGAAGAAUGGCGAGAAGUCAGGCACACCGGCCCUGUUCAGAAGUUGAUUGUAUAUCCUCCACCACCUACUAAAGGAGGAUUAGGAGUAACUAGUGAAGAUCUGGAAUGCUUAGAAGAGGGAGAGUUUCUUAAUGAUGUAAUCAUUGAUUUCUAUCUUAAGUAUCUUAUAUUGGAGAAGGCGUCAGAGGAACUUGUUGAACGAAGUCACAUAUUCAGUAGCUUUUUCUAUAAAUGCUUGACAAGAAAGGAAAAUAAUUUAACAGAAGAUAAUUCAAAUCUUUCAAUGGCCCAGAGAAGACAUAAGAGAGUAAGAACAUGGACUCGUCACAUAAACAUCUUUAAUAAGGAUUACAUCUUUGUGCCUGUAAAUGAAGCGUCUCACUGGUAUCUUGCAGUCAUUUGCUUUCCAUGGUUAGAAGAAGCUGUGUAUGAAGAUUUACCCCAAACUGAGUCCCAGCAACCCCAGGCUCAGCAAUCCCAACAGUACAACAAAACAAUAGAAAAUGAUCUGCAUUCUACUACAACACUACCUGUGAUUGCAGAAGAUUCCCAAAGUACAGAGAAGACUAUGUCAGUACCAAAGAAAAUUUGUAAAAGGCCCUGUAUUCUCAUACUUGACUCCUUGAAAGCUGCUUCUAUACAAAAUACAGUUCAGAAUUUACGAGAGUAUUUAGAGGUAGAAUGGGAAGUAAAACGAAAAACUCAUCGAGAAUUUAGCAAAACAAACAUGGUGGAUCUAUGCCCUAAAGUUCCUAAACAAGAUAAUAGCAGUGAUUGUGGAGUAUAUUUACUGCAAUAUGUGGAAAGCUUCUUCAAGGAUCCUAUUGUUAACUUUGAACUUCCAAUCCAUUUGGAGAAAUGGUUUCCUCGUCAGGUUAUCAAGACUAAACGGGAAGACAUUCGCGAGCUCAUAUUGAAACUUCAUGUACAGCAACAGAAGGGCAUCAGUAGCUAGUUAAUCCCUACACACAUGACACAGAUGUUCUAUAAGAUUACUGGAAAGCCGCUUACCAGCAUUUGCGCUAGCCAACUCACAAAGAAAAUAACUUGCAGUAGUUUUAUAAAUCAUUGAGCAUUAUUUAAAAUAUAUAAGAUUUAUUAUUAGAAUUGUUGGAAUCUCCUAGAAAGAGAAGGAAUUGAUGAUAAACUUACUAAAUGGGAAUUACAGUUUAAUAAAAUAUUUGAUAUUUUUCUGAGUGAAUAUGCUUGGAUUAUGCAAUAGCAUAUGUAAUGUGGCAGUGUUUUGUAGAUUAUAAAGCGAUAUGAUCUGUACUUCCACAUGACUGGGAGUUGAAGGGAGUUAGGUUCUUCCUGGUGCCAGCCCCAGUGCUUGUCAAAUUUGCUGACAAGUCACAUCAUAUUGUAAUCCUAUUCUUUGCAGCUCAAGCAUGCAGUAUGAAUACUGUGUAUUUUUUUUUAAAUGAAUUUAGUACCAAGGCGUCAGAAAAUGCCAUUUACGGCAUUCCUUCUGUAUAGUAGAAAAGGAGACGCUCAUAAUGUUAGGAAGAUUAAAAGAAAUUCUUUCAAAGCGCAGCUUAUAUUUCUCAGUUGCUAAGUCUAACUGUUACUUGGCCUAAUGUUAAAGAUUCACCCCCUCCCAAUUUCUUUUGGAAUCUUAGCUGGUAGGUUGAGAGUUUAAUUCAUUUAGGGUGAAAUUUG